CAAUUACACAAAGUCAUCAUAUCUAAAUCAUGAAGAUUGUUACAAUUAUUCCUACUCUUCCAUUCAUCCUUCUUCUCAUAUUGUCAAGCUCAAGUGCACAUGAACACCAAGAUUUUCUUCAAUGUCUCUCCCAACAAUUCAACAACUACUCUUCAAUUUCAAACAUUGUUUACACUCCAAACAACUCAUCCUACACUCCCAUCCUAAGAUUCCUAGGCCAAAACCUUAGAUUCCUGACGGAAUCCACGCCUAAACCGCAAGUGAUCAUAACACCAGAACACGAAUCUCAAAUCCCGCCUCUCAUUCAAUGCGCUAAACAGAGCGGUGUAGAGAUCAGAACGCGAAGCGGGGGCCAUGACUUCGAGGGGCUAUCUUACACGGCGCAAGUCCCAUUUGCGAUCAUCGAUUUGUUCAAACUCAGUGAAAUCGAAGUCGAUGUGGAAACCAAAACCGCAUGGGUCGGAGGCGGGGCGAGCCUCGGAUCCAUCUACUACAGGGUAGCAGAGAAAAGCCCGGUCCUGGGAUUCCCGGCCGGUCUUUGCCCAACGGUCGGGGUCGGCGGCCACUUCAGCGGAGGAGGCUACGGCACACUGCUGAGAAAGUACGGAAUGGCAGGGGACAACAUCAUCGAUGCAAGAAUAGUCGACGUCAACGGCAGAAUCCUUGACAGGAAAUCAAUGGGCGAGGAUCUAUUCUGGGCCAUCAGAGGCGGUGGAGGCGCCAGUUUCGGCGUGAUCGUUGCUUGGAAGUUACAACUGGUGGAUGUUCCAGAAACUGUCACUGUUUUCACAAUUGACAGGACACUGGAACAGAACGCGACUGAACUGGUCCACCGCUGGCAAUACAUCGCGCAUAAAUUCGACAAAGAUUUGCUCGUGAGAGUCCUUGUAAGAAGAGUCAAUUCCACCGAAAACAAAACGAACAUGACGAUCCAAGCUUCGUUUAGCUCAAUCUACUUCGGUAACAUCGAAAAAUUGAUUCCAUUGAUGCAAAAAAGCUUUCCAGAAUUAGGCCUGAAAAGAGAAGACUGCACCGAGGUGAGCUGGAUCCGAUCCACCGUCUACUUCGCCGGAUUCCCAAUCGCGACGCCGAUCGAAAUUCUGCUCAACAGAACUAUGCCGCAGCAGAUAUACUUCAAAGGAAAAUCCGAUUACGUGCAGAAACCGAUCCCCAAACACGGCCUAAGAGGCAUAUGGAGGCUUUUCUACGAAGCAGAGGCGGCGAUGGCGCAGUUCGCCUUCACCCCCUACGGCGGGAGAAUGGCGGAGAUUUCAAGCUCCGCCAUUCCGUACCCUCACAGAGGGGAGAAUUUGUUCAGCGUGGUGUACUGGCAAAUUUACGAUGGCCGGAAUCCGGGGAGGUACAUUGGUUGGCUUCGGCGGCUUUAUGAUUACAUGGCUCCUUAUGUUUCGAAGAAUCCGAGGGGGGCGUAUGUCAACUACAGAGAUCUUGAUAUCGGGGUCAACAACGUUGUAGGAGAGACGAGCUAUAAACAAGCGAGUGUUUGGGGGAAGAAAUAUUUUGGUGGGAAUUUCGAUCGGCUUGUUCGGGUGAAGACAGUUGUUGAUCCGCAGAAUUUCUUCAGGAGCGAACAGAGCAUUGCUGUGGCUAUAAUAUAAAAAAUGAAAUUAAGAGUAUCCACAACUUAGAUAUAUGUAUCAGUUCACUCUAUAUCUGCUCUAGUCUAAUUUGAAUUUCAUCAUUUUAUUAGGGUAGUAUUUAGUCAUUUGAUGUUCCUUACAAAAAAAUAAUUAGUCAUUUGAUGCUAAUUUGCAGAUA